UGUGAUUCCUUGCUUCGACUGCCAUGGCGCUUCGCUUGUCCAGACAAGGCCGGGCCGCGCUUGGCUGCCUGCUGCUGUUGCAGCUGAAGUGGCUCUGGAGCUUCAGCGGAAGUCGCAGGCGCUUCGCCACUAUCUUGGCCACAGCAGCAGGGUCAGGACCCGCUGGCGUUCACGCGCAGAGUGUCCAGUACAACGCGCAGUUGGGAGGCGACCUCAAUGAAGCCCAGAAGACGAAGAUCAAGGAAUACCUUGCGAAGCAGCAAGCUUCCACCGAACCAGUCUCAAUAGGCGACCACACCAUGAAGGUCUACGAGCCCCCCACGGCCGAAGAGCUCACCCCGGGCAGCAGCCCCUUCCGGGCACGGGUGGCUCUGCUGAAGCAACGCCUGGGAGAACGGCUGGUGGCGGUGCCGGAAGGACUGGAGAUGAUCAAGAAGGGUGCUCUUCUGGUGGAUGUUCGAACGCGUGAACAAAUCCAGAGCCAGACCAAUGGACGCAUUCCACAGGGUGCCAUGGUUCUUCCCUUGGAUGACUGGGUGGGCCGGGUGCCACCUGUGAUGGCUGGAAAGAAAAUUCUGCUGACUUGUUGGAAGGGGAACAAGAGUACCCUGGCCUGGGAAGCUUUACGAGCUCAAUUCGCAGACGCCUAUGUGCUGGAUGGUGGAUACAAUGCGUGGGAGGCCGCUGGACUUGCUACACAAAGCAUUUAAGAAGCUGUACAGGGGCACAAAGACCCAAGCUGUUGCUUCUUUUGGAUCACUAUGAUCACUCCUGUUGAAAUGGUCAAAAUGACUUAUUGACUUCUGGUGUAUUUCCAAUUUCUCAUAAAC